AUGCCAUCGCUAUCCCGGUUGUCAGCGGUUACUUUAUCGGUGAUAGCCGGAGGUGUGUACUACUCCCGAUUGGAAAAAUGGCCGUUUGGUUCGGAAAAUGAUGGAUUGAGAAGCAUGCUAUUGCUGAAUAGUGCAAAAUGCGCGGAAAUCAGUAUAUCCUCGUCAUUUCCUUGUGUACAUCCUUCUCCACAAAGUAAAUGGGAUCAUAACUGGGAUAACCGGGAACCAAAGUGCAUGGUGAAUCCCAUAAAAUAUGAAGAAGCUGAUCCGGCUAGCCGUCAAAAUAUGUUGAAUGAAGCAACACCAACUUCGAAACGAAAUAUUAUUCUUAUACGGCAUGGACAGUAUUUUACGGAUCACAACGAUAAAAAUCAUCUCAGCUUGACACCUUUAGGGCGAGAGCAAGCGAAGUAUGUGGGUCAACGUUUGGCCAGUAGUGGUUUGAAGUUCGAUAAUGUGGUUAUGUCGACAAUGACCAGAGCGGAGGAAACAGCUAAACUAAUAUUAGAUGAGCUACCACCGACGUCAGUAAAAAGCGAUCCGUUAUUGGAAGAAGGAGCACCUUUCCCACCUGAACCACCCAGCAAACAUUGGCGUCCCAAGCACAAAGGAUCGCGCAUUGAAGCAGCUUUCCGGAAAUACAUACAUCGUGCUAGCUGGAAACAAAAGAACGAUAGCUGGGAGUUGAUUGUAUGCCACGGAAAUGUGAUACGGUAUUUCUUUUGCAGAGCGCUGCAGUUUCCUCCUGAAGGUUGGCUGCGAAUGUCAGUUGGUCAUUGUUCGAUAACUUGGCUAGUUAUAUAUCCGAAUGGUUUUGUAUCUGUGAGAUCCCUUGGCGAUAUCGGUCAUUUACCCAGUGGAAAGGUUUCUUUCUAA